AACGCCUCCCACUGACGGCUCAUAGUUGCCAUGACAACAGCAAACUCUACUGGGUUGCCUCGAAUUGCGCGGUCCAAGAGGUUCUGAAAACGGUAAAAAUUACGGAUAGAAUCCUGACAAGUUAAAGGUUGGGGAAGCUGUCAUGUGUGACCUGCCCAAAGACAAAUCUCAGAGAAGAGACAAGAGGACAGUCAAGACGUCCUCAGAGGGAAGCCAUGGACUCAGGGGUGAAGAAACUACUGGCAGGACUAAGGACUCUUUAAGCACUGCGUCCUGCUUAGAUGAACUAGGGCACCAGGAUGACAACGCUCGGAUGGCCAUAACAAUGGAGAACACCUACCAGCUGGGACCUUACAGACGUUUCCCAGUUCCUGCUGUCACAGAUAUACUGAGGGAUGUACUUACCAGUUACCUCCAAGAGGAGAAAUAUGAAGUAGAAUGGUCUCAAAAAAUGACAAAAACUAUAUGUGAGUUUAAUUCUUUUGAUUUUCCCUCCCAGGUGAUAAAAGCCCGUGUGAAGGACCUCAUGAUUCCACGAUAUAAGAUUGUAGUCCUGGUCCACAUUGGUCAGCUCACUGGGCAGGGCAUGCAAAUCAGCAGCCGCUGUCUGUGGGAUGCAUCUAAUGACACCUUCGCCUCUUACUCCUUCAAGAACAGCUCUCUGUUUGGUGUGGCAACUGUAUAUGCUGUUUACUUUGAGUGAAUCACAUAGGCAUUUGAAUGGACUCUGGUAAGAACACAAGACUCAUUUUAGUCAUGCAUUUCUCACAGGAACAGAUAGACAGAGUUCUUUAUGUUGUACAUUUUCUAAUGUAUAAAUUGAUGAAACGUUUGUAGCCAAAGUUCAUGGUGGUUUUUAUUUUUGCUAGCAUGUAAAAUGAAAUUACAUUAUCUUAAUAAAGUUGUGAAGUCAUUAAACUGAAUAAAUGACAAAUUGAUGAUG